AUGUCCCAAAUCAGCCUUCUUACCACAGUUCACAUCCUUGUGAGGUAUUAUCCAUUUUGGUCUCCUUGCCUCACGUAUUUGAUAUGGGAUGAUCGCUCUAAAACUCAUAGUAAUCUACACAUAAUAAUCAAAUUACUGUGCUUGAUAAUUAAAAAAGUGGCGAAUAAGAAAGUGAGAGUCGUUGAGAAUAGCAGGGGAGGUGUCGUCGACCAAGGCAACCAAUGGUUGUUGAUGUAUCAACCGAUGAUGAUGAGAGUAGAAGGGUCGUCAUCGAUGCUAUCUGAGGUUAGUAGGAAAAGGGAGAUAUCAGCUAUGGUUUCAGCUUUGACUCAUGUCGUAGCUGGCGAUGUGCCUGAUCAGGAACUGCCAGGAAAUGAAAACUUGGAUGGUUUUGGUUCAAGUAUUGGUGAUAACAAUAUUACUUCUUCAUGGGGAUUUGGUGGGCAAAAGAGAGGAAGGGAAGAAGAUGAAGGUGGCGAUGGCGGUGGAGGAGGGAUGGCGGUAGAGUCUGUUACUAAACUUUGUACGCAGUUUGGUAACUUCCCACAAGGAGGAGAAGGCUCAUCUUCUGCUGGUCUUGCAGUGACAGAGGCAAACACCCCAGCACAAUUGGUUCCAACAUAUGAAUACAAGCGCAAUGAGAACUACAGAGAAGAGCUAGGGAGAAGAUACAGGGGAGUGAGACAGAGGCCAUGGGGCAAGUGGGCAGCAGAGAUAAGAGACCCUUUCAAAGCUGCUAGAGUUUGGUUAGGCACCUUCGACACAGCUGAGGCUGCCGCUACAGCCUACGACGAAGCAGCCCUUCGCUUCAGAGGCAACAAAGCCAAGCUUAACUUCCCUGAAAACGUCAAACUCAGAUCACCUCCUUCCAAUCCAACAACAACCCAGUUGCCCAUUUCCUAUUCUCCCAACACCCUUUUAUCCAUUCCAACAGCCAUCGAGCCAAUCGUUCCCUCUCAAUCUCAUUACUCGGUCCAAAACCCUCAAGUUUGCGGAUACCCUGACUAUUCUCGUUUUUCUUUGGGCUUCAGCAGUGAUUUUCCAAGACAACGGCAAAAGCAGCUGAAGCAAUCCAUGAACCCAUACGACCAAAUAGUUUUUUCAACUUCAGUAGGUUCUCAUGCACAAUCUCCUUCCUUGUCUUCUUCGUCAUCUUCUUCUUCACCACCGAUUUCUUAUCCUCUUCUUUUCCCGAUUCAAGCGCCGGGUCAUCACCUCAACUUGGGUAGCAGUCAAGGUAGCGCUAUUGGAGAUUCUCCGGUGCAUGCUUGGUCAGAUUCUAGUCAUUAUACAUCAAUCUCCAGAUAGUGUCUUUCUUUUACAAUAAUUUUUUGGCUUUUUGGUC